AUGAGGAUCGAGAAUCGAGUCUGUGAGGAUCGAGGUUGUGAGGAUCUAGGUUGUGAGGAUCGAGGCUGUGAGGAUAAAGGUUGUGAGGAAAGAGGUUGUGAGGAUCGAGGCUGUGAGGAUCUAGGUUGUGAGGAUCGUGGCUGUGAGGAUCGAGGCUGUGAUGAUCGAGGCUGUGAGGAUCGAGGUGGUGAGGAUUUAGGUUGUGAGGAUCUAGGUUGUGAGGAUCGAGGCUGUGAGGAUCGAGGCUGUGAGGAUCGAGGUUGCUGUGAGGAUAGAGGUUGUGAGGAUAGAGGUUGUGAGGAUCGAGGCUGUGAGGAUCGAGGUUGUGAGGAUAGAGGUUGUGAGGAUCUAGGCUGUGAGGAUCGAGGCUGUGAGGAUAGAGGUUGUGAGGAUCUAGGCUGUGAGGAUAGAGGUUGUGAGGAUCGAGGCUGUGAGGAUCGAGGUUGUGAGGAUAGAGGUUGUGAGGAUCUAGGCUGUGAGGAUAGAGGUUGUGAGGAUCGAGGCUGUGAGGAUCGAGGCUGUGAGGAUCGAGGCUCUGAGUAUCGAGGUUGUGAGGAUCUAGGCUGUGAGGAUCGAGGCUGUGAGGAUCGAGGUUGUGAGGAUCUAGGCUGUGAGGAUCGAGGCUUUGAGGAUCUAGGUUGUGAGGAUCUAGGUUGUGAGGAUCUAGGUUGUGAGGAUCGAGGCUGUGAGGAUAGAGGUUGUGAGGAUAGAGAAUGUGAGGAUCUAGGUUGUGAGGAUCGAGGCUGUGUGGAUAGAGGUUGUGAGGAUCGAGGCUGUGAGGAUCGAGGCUGCUGUGAGGAUCGAGGCUGUGAUGAUCGAGGUUGUGAGGAUCUAGGUUGUGAGGAUCUAGGUUGUGAGGAUCGAGGCUGUGAGGAUCGAGUCUGUGAGGAUCGAGGUUGUGAGGAUCUAGGUUGUGAGGAUCGAGGCUGUGAGGAUAGAGGUUGUGAGGAUCUAGGCUGUGAGGAUCGAGGCUGUGUGGAUAGAGGUUGUGAGGAUCUAGGCUGUGAGGAUCGAGGCUGUGAGGAUCGAGUCUGUGAGGAUCGAGGCUGUGAGUAUCGAGGUUGUGAGGAUCUAGGCUGUGAGGAUCGAGGCUGUGAGGAUCGAGGUUGUGAGGAUCUAGGCUGUGAGGAUCGAGGCUGUGAGGAUCUAGGUUGUGAGGAUCUAGGUUGUGAGGAUCGAGGCUGUGAGGAUCGAGGCUGUGAGGAUCGAGGUUGUAAGGAUUUAGGUUGUGAGGAUCUAGGUUGUGAGGAUCGAGGCUGUGAGGAUCGAGGCUGUGAGGAUCUAGGUUGCUGUGAGGAUAGAGGUUGUGAGGAUAGAGGUUGUGAGGAUCGAGGCUGUGAGGAUCGAGGCUGUGAGGAUCGAGGUUGUGAGGAUCUAGGUUGUGAGGAUCUAGGUUGUGAGGAUCGAGGCUGUGAGGAUCGAGUCUGUGAAGAUCGAGGUUGUGAGGAUCUAGGUUGUGAGUAUCGAGGCUGUGAGGAUAGAGGUUGUGAGGAUCUAGGCUGUGAGGAUCGAGGCUGUGAGGAUAGAGGUUGUGAGGAUAGAGGUUGUGAGGAUCUAGGCUGUGAGGAUCGAGGCUGUGAGGAUCGAGGCUGUGAGGAUAGAGGUUGUGAGGAUCGAGGCUGUGAGGAUCGAGGCUGUGAGUAUCGAGGCUGUGAGGAUCGAGGCUGUGAGGAUCGAGGCUGUGAGGAUCGAGGUUGUGAGGAUCUAGGCUGUGAGGAUCGAGGCUGUGAGGAUCGAGGUUGUGAGGAUCUAGGCUGUGAGGAUCGAGGCUGUGAGGAUCUAGGUUGUGAGGAUCUAGGUUGUGAGGAUCUAGGUUGUGAGGAUCUACGUUGUGAGGAUCUAGGUUGUGAGGAUCGAGGCUGUGAGGAUCGAGGCUGUGAGGAUCGAGGUUGUGAGGAUUUAGGUUGUGAGGAUCUAGGUUGUGAGGAUCGAGGCUGUGAGGAUCGAGGCUGUGAGGAUCGAGGUUGUGAGGAUCGAGGUUGUGAGGAUCUAGGUUGUGAGGAUAGAGGCUGUGAGGAUCUAGGUUGUGAAGAUCUAGGCUGUGAGGAUCUAGGUUGUGAAGAUCUAGGUUGUGAGGAUCGAGGCUGUGAGGAUCGAAGUUGUGAGGUUGGAGGUUGUGAGGAUCUAGGCUGUGAGGAUCUAGGCUGUGAGGAUAGAGGUUGUGAGGAUCGAGGCUGUGAGGAUCUAGGUUGUGAAGAUCUAGGUUGUGAGGAUCGAUGUUAA